CCGGUGUCAUGUGGCGCUUCCGGUGUCAUGUGGCGCCUGCCUGCGGAUGUUGAUGUUGAUGUUAAUGUUCGCCGCUGAAGAAGAUGUGAACUUCCAUCGCUGGGUCGCCUCGCUUUCUUCUCUCCUGGCGCCUUGUCCUUCUCCUUCUCCGUCGGGGCAGACAGGCUUGCAUCCCCGGGCGGCGCCGUGUCUCUCCCGCGGAGCAGCGCGGGGAUGAUGGAGGACUUUGACGAGAUCUACGAGGAAGAGGAGGAGGAGGAAGAAGAGGAGGAGGACGAGGACAGGGCCGCGGAGGAACAACUCCUCAAGUACGCCCCGGACCCUGUGGUAGUGCGAGGCUGCGGACACGUCACCGUGUUUGGCCUCAGUAACAAGUUUGAAUGGGAGUUCCCUUCAGCACUCACAGGCAAGGUGGCACCAGAAGAGUUCAGAGCGAGCAUCAACCGAGUGAACAGUUGUCUGAGAAAGACGCUGCCGGUGAACGUGAGAUGGCUGCUGUGUGGCUGCCUGUGCUGCUGCUGCACGCUGGGCUUCAGUCUCUGGCCUGUCAUCUGUCUCAGCAAGAGGACAAGAAGAUCUAUAGAGAAGCUUCUGGAGUGGGAGAACUGCAGACUUUACCACAAGUUGUGUUUGCACUGGACACUGAGCAAAAGGAAGUGUGAAUCCAACAACAUGAUGGAAUAUGUGAUCCUAAUAGAGUUCCUCCCCAAGAUCCCCAUCAACAGACCCGACUAACCAAAUGUGAUCUCAAGCCGGUGUCUACAGACCCGACUAGCCCAUCUGCUUUUAAGACGGCGUCUACAGACCCGACUAGCCCAUCUGAUCUCAAGAUGGCGUCUACAGACCCGACGAGCCCAUCUGAUCUCAAGAUGGCGUCUACAGACCCGACGAGCCCAUCUGAUCUCAAGAUGGCGUCUACAGACCCGACUAGCCCAUCUGCGUUUAAGACGGCGUCUACAGACCUGAUUAGCCCAUCUGAUCUCAAGAUGGAGUCUACAGACCCGACUAGUCCAUCUGUUCUCAAGACGCCGUCUACAGACCCGACUAGCCCAUCUGAUCUCAAAAAAGGUGUCUACAGACCCGACUAGUCCAUCUGAUCUCAAGACGGCGUCUACAGACCCGACAAGUCCAUCUGAUCUCAAGACGGAGUCUACAGACCCGACUAGUCCAUCUGAUCUCAAGACGGCGUCUACAGACCCGACAAGUCCAUCUGAUCUCAAGACGGAGUCUACAGACCCAACUGGUCCAUCUGAUCUCAAGACGGCGUCUACAGACCCGACGAGCCUAUCUGAUCCCAAGACGGCGUCUACAGACCCGACAAGCC